AUGGAGCAGGUUCCAGUCGCAAAAUUUUUGAGGACCCAUCCUCUGCUCAAACAAAGAACGGGGAUAAACUCUGCUAGUGGAAGCAAAGUUGACUUUUUCAGGUAUAAGAGAUGCAUCAGAGCAUUAUUGAGCGACAGUUAUGCUAAGAAGGUCUCUAAGAGUAAAGGAACUCUGCCAGAGAUCAAGGACGACUCCCAAGCACAGGCUAUUUUUAUACAAUUGAUCAAGGCUGGGAUGAUUCUUCCCGUAGAUAAACUCUCCACACAACAAGCUCGUGCGGAGAAUUUGAAACCUGUUAAAGGUACUCCAUUUGUCAAAGUUACUCAAAAGGCAGUUUUACAGGGCGAUAAAUACUUUAUUUGGAACUUUCAACCAAGCAAUCCUCUUUUGGCUCUGUACUCAGUUUUAGGAGUUAUAGCAGUUUUUGCCGUCAUUUUGUUCCCAUUGUGGCCCGCUUUUAUGAGGAAGGGAGUAUGGUAUCUUAGUACUGGGUUAUUGGGUUUGAUUGGAUUGUUCUUUUUGUUAGCAAUUGUGAGGUUGAUAAUAUUUUGCAUUACCGUUCUCAUCUUGCCAAAUGCACUAUGGAUCUUCCCCAACCUGUUUGAGGAUGUUGGAUUUUUUGAAAGUUUCCAACCUCUGUAUGGUUUUUCUGUUCCUAAGGAAAAGUCGAAGAAAAAAAGUAAGUCAAAAGGUAAUGGGAUCAAGACAAACGGUGACAAAAUAUCUGAAACGACUGCCGGUGAAACUAAAUCUGAGUCAACUUCAACUGAAGGAAAUUCUGGUUCCAAAAGGAAUGAGACCGUUGCUAAGAAAGUGCCUAGGGCCACCAUAGAAGAAGUUUAUGAUGAAUAA